AUGUCAUCAUUGGAGUUGAUGGUGCAAGCAGCAAGUCAGCAGCAAGAAGGAAGCAUGGGAGGGUACGGAGAACUGCCACACCGAAAGGGAGACGGGAGAGGAAAGAAGCGCCCGGUCAACAAGUCGCUGCUCAACACCGGACGGGUUACUUCCACCCACCACCUCUACACUCGUGUCCAGUCUGUGAGUUGCGGCUUGCUGGAUCAUGGACGACAUGAGGCGCUUUGA